UUUUGGGGCGGGGCUGACAAGAAGACGGGUUAUAUAGUAGGUGACCCCGGCGCUUCUGUACCUCUCCGACAAGCGUCAAAGUAAAGUAACCGACGGCGGGAGUCCACCGGAGACCGACCGUUAGCAGCUCGUGGAGAUAAGUCACUAUGGCCUCUAAAAAAGACGACGGCGGCUGGAAGAAGUUCCUGUGGAACUCUGAAACGGGAGAGCUGCUCGGUCGGACCGGAGGAAGUUGGUUCAAGAUCACACUGUUCUACGUCGUCUUCUACGGCCUUCUGGCAGGGAUCUUCGUCGGCACCAUUCAGGCCCUGCUCUUUACCCUGAGCGAGUACAAACCCACCUGGCAGGACAGAGUGGCCCCCCCUGGCCUUUCACACACUCCACGGACAGAGAAGGCCGAGGUUUCGUUCAGAUCGAAGGACUUUGAGACCUACCUGCCGUACACCAAAGCUCUGAAGGAGUUCCUGAGUCAGUACGAUGAGGAGAAGCAGAGGGACCAGAUGAAGUUUGAGGACUGUGGAUUGGAACCUGCCGAGUACAAGAACCGAGGGGACUUGGAGAGCGACAUGGGCCAGAGGAAGGCCUGUCGUUUCUCCAGGAGCCUGCUGGGUCCCUGCUCAGGCCUUGAUGACAGAGACUUUGGUUUCAAAGAAGGCAAACCCUGUUUGAUCGUCAAGCUCAACAGGAUCGUCAACUUCAGACCUCGGCCUCCCAUGUCUAACGAUACCAUUCCUGAAGAGGUACAACCCAAGGUGCAGCCCAACGUGAUCCCUCUGCACUGCACCCACAAGAAAGAGGAGGACGCAGGUAAAAUCGGGGAGAUCAAGUAUUUUGGGAUCGGCGGCGGUUUCCCUCUGCAGUAUUACCCCUACUACGGCAAGCGGCUGCACCCCCACUACCUCCAGCCACUGGUGGCGCUGCAGUUCACCAACCUGACCAUGAAGACUGAGCUGCGUAUUGAGUGUAAAGUGUACGGAGAUAACAUCGACUACAACGAAAAGGAUCGCUACCAGGGACGCUUUGAAAUCAAGAUCCAGGUGGACGAUUCGUGACCAAGACCAGGACCAUAGCACCGUCCCUCAUCCCACACACCCCCCCCCCGUUGACCCCCACCACAUAGCAAUUAUCUGUAAGGAUUGUUGAGUCAGUCAUGACUAGUCCUGACGAGGAGGAAGUGCUUGUUGGGGGACGAUGUGUAAUCUGCUUUCAUCGCUAGCUUCUACGCCUCUUUCUAGCUCUAGAAUCAAAUUUAGAAGAAGACGAGUAGCGUUAGGGCCAAUAAAUCUAUUUAUUCCAUUGUAAAUUACUUCUUCACAAGCCGAGGGAUGCUGUUCACUGACGACUGAAGACCAAUCCCAUCCGUCCGUCCUUCUCUGUAGACCCUAGUUGUGGAGAGAGCAGUAGUUUCAGCAUCCGGUGCCUCCAAAUCUCGCCGUUCCUCUUGUCUUUCUGGCUUUCAGCAGGCUUUAGCAGUGGGGCUGUGCUCCCCCUCUCCGAAUCAACGCACACUUGUCUUUACUUAAUGAUUGAAACAGUCGAUUCACUCUUCUGAUCUGCGGGAGGAGAAGGCUGCACUCCAGGAAAUGUCUUUUACUUCUGUCGUUGAGUCAUUUAACUUGUGAAGGGGUUUUAUUACUUGGUUUUAUGUCUUUAUCUGUUUUGUUUUGCCUUGAAUGUAGACUUGUGUGUCCAGCCUGUUAGACACCUUGGCCUGCUGUCAGGGCAGUGGUGCUAACUGAACAUUUCUUCUCGUUUUUUUUUUUUUUGUUUGUUUUUGUUUUUUUGCUGGAUUUAUUGAAGCGUCAUGGUGUAACUUAAUGUUUUAACCAUUUAAACAUGGUGGAAGGAUUUUAUAUUUAUGCAGAUGUACAUUUUGUUUCCUGACAGAUAUUUUAAUGUAUAAAUGCAAUACCAAAGUGAUGAGCUGGAGCGUGUCGGAGAAGCGAUGCAGUGCUGAUUUGUAGAAUGUCACCAUGCUAAGUGCUAAAGUCCACCUUUUGCCUUGCAGGCUUUCAGUGGUUAACCUUUUGUUCUGCGUUUAUGGCCAUGAACGAUGUCUAAGUAGACGGAACAAGUAACAGAUUAAUUCCAGAACAAAGCUACCUUUUUGCUGAGCUCUGACCUUAAAUGACUGGUAUCUUAAAUAUUCCAUAGGAACUCAUGUUGGCGAUGCGCUUAACUUGAGCAAGCCUUUCACCAGUUCACCCACCUUUAUUUCUUCAAAGAUGGAAACAAAUAAAGUCAUAGUGAACCUU